AUGGCUACUGACCCACAAGGCACUGCCGUGACCGUCUCGAAGAUGAGCCCUGCAAGCAGACUCGCAACUGAAGCAACUGGAAAGGAGGCUUCUGUUACCAGUGCUGUUCUUUAUCGCUCGCUUAAAAGUGUACCGCCGCAAGUCAUCUCAGCAAAUGGAAAUCAUUUGACUUUUUCCGAUGGCCGAACCAUGCUUGAUACGACCUGUGGUGCUGCCGUCGCAUGCAUAGGCAUGAACAACGAGCGUGUGAAAAAGGCAAUGGUUGAGCAGAUUGACAAGUUUGCUUAUUGCAAUUCUACGUUCUUUGGUCAUGAAGUUGGCGAGCAGCUGGCGACUGAGUUGGUACAAGGCACUGGGUGUGCUAUGUCAAAAGCCUUCAUCCUGUGCUCUGGCUCUGAAGCAAUGGAGGCUGCAAUGAAAAUGGCGCGGCAGUAUUACUUGGAGCUAUCCCCACAACAGCCCAAACGCGUCAACUUCAUUGCCAGGGAAGGCUCAUAUCACGGAACCACCCUAGGCUCGCUUUCAAUGAGCGGUCAUGUAGCUCGACGGAGUCUCUUUUUAGAUCUUCUGCUGCCUAACAUCGCUAGAGUCUCGGCUUGUAAUGCGUAUCGUGGAAUGCCGGAAGGCCAAACGACGGAAGAAUACGUCGCACAACUAGCGGAUGAGCUAGACCGCAAAUUUCAAGAACUGGGACCCGACACAGUGUGCGCGUUUGUUGCUGAGCCCGUCGUUGGCGCUACUCUGGGAUGUGUCCCAGCUGUUCCUGGGUACUUCAAGGCUAUGAAAAGUGUUUGUGACAAAUACGGUGCUCUUCUGAUUUUGGACGAGGUUAUGUCUGGAAUGGGUCGUUCAGGAACGCUGCAUGUGUGGGAGCAAGAAGAUGUGGUGCCUGAUAUACAGACGAUUGCGAAAGGACUUGGGGGUGGUUACGCGCCAAUGGCUGGUAUGCUCAUCAACCACCGCGUAGCUGAUGUUCUCAAAGAUGGAUCUGGAGCUUUCUCUCAUGGGCACACUUAUCAAGGCCACCCUGUGGGAUGUGCUGCGGCCUUGGAGGUGCAGCGCAUUAUUCGAGAAGAGAACCUGGUCGCAAAUGUUCGCAAGCAGGGAAACCUCCUGGAAAAACUCUUGCGGGAGCAUUUGAGUGACCAUCCCUAUGUUGGCGAUAUCAGAGGAAAAGGUCUCUUCUGGGGAAUUGAGUUUGUCCGCGACAAAAAGAGCAAAGAGCCAUUCCCCCGAUCAGCAGAUAUAGCCAACAAAAUCCAUCUCAAUGGCUUGGACGAGUUUGGAAUCAGUCUUUUCCCUGGAAAUGGGACAAAGGACGGAACUCUGGGCGACCACGUUCUUCUUGCACCGGCUUACACAAGCACCGGCGAGGAGAUUGAGUAUAUUGCUGCGAGGACCAGAGACGCCAUUUUGAAGACCUUUGAAAAGCUUGAUGCCAGUCCUGAUGGCUCUACUUGA